AUAAGCAGAUAUCCAUUUGGAAGCCCUCCCUAGUCCCUCCCCAGUCCCUCACCAACGACGGUUUUGGCCUUGGGUGUGAGACUGUGAGUGUAGUGUAACUACAUAACCAAAAACAUUUAGUUAGACCAACAAACUCUUGUACUCCCAACAUUUUACUCCAAAAUUGUCCAAUCAUUUCCACAUUGUAAUUCAAGAAACUCAUUAAAUCAAAGGGCUCUCAAAUUGCAUUCUUCUUUCUUCUUGGAAUUGCAUCAAAAGUAGUAAAGUUCAAAUGUUAAUAAGAGAGAUGAAGUGGAAUAACUUCUGGAUCCCCUCAAAAUAUCUUUAUUUUCGAACCAAGCUUGUUUACACUGCUGCUCUCUCCACUAAGAAACGCCUUGCUGGUGGAAUCUCAGAUGAUGAUACCUUGGCUAACUGGUGUAAGGAUUUUAUCCAGAGGAAAAUGACCUAUGUGUAUAGGAGUGAGGGUCAAGAGAUGGCACCAACUAUUCCUGGAAGACAUGAAACUCUUCUUAUACGCAACUUGCCCUGUCCAAAUCUUAAGUUCAGACUGGUAUAUAGACAAGUUUCUGUUGGUGAUGUAGUCCUCCUAAAGAACCCGUUGGAUUCAGAUAGGGCUUUGGUAAGAAGGUUGGCUGCUUUAGGAGGACAUCAAAUGGUGUCCACUGAUGAGAAAGACGAGCCUUUUGUCAUUCGUAUUGAUCACUGUUGGGUUCUUGCAGACAACAAAGAGUUAAAGGCAAGGGAAGCCAAUGAUAGCCGUACCUUUGGUCCUGUUCCAGCCAUGGACAUAAUAGGUAGAGUUAUCUACAGGUUCCAGUCAAUGGAGGAUCAUGGACGUGUCGAAAACAGUAACUGCCAUUUGGAGGAGGAUGCAGCAGUUGUAAAAUUUGAACUCGAACUUGAUGAGAUGCAAAAGUUUUCUGAAGCCUGAAUGUUGUGAAGAUUUCUGUAGCGUGAUUGUAUAGAAGAUUACAGUCCACUCAUUUUUUGCCAAGCUCUGAGUAUUCUUUAAUCAUCCAUUCAUGGAUCGAGUGCUUGUAGAGUCGUAGUCAGUUGAACCUUUGGAUAUUUGUUGAACAAUAGUUUUUUACAUUCUAGAUCGUAGAGAAGGUAUAUAUAUGUACUACCUUAACAUACAGCUACCUCAAAGUUCGUCACAAGCUUGCAAACAGUAAUUGAAUGGCUUAGACUAUGUUUAGUUUACAAAUUUCUGUAAAUAACAGUUACUGUAAAAUGUAAAUCAUUAACUAUGUUAAUUGUACAGGACAACACCUAUACUUCGUAUAAAUUAACAAAUAACA